GAGAAUUAUAAAAUAAUAUAUAAAAAAAUGGGAAAAAAUGUUGGGAAUAAUUUUGUGUGUUUGGUUGUAGGAUUAGUACUAAUUGCAUCUACUAAUGCUGAUUUGGAGAUGAAUUACUAUGCAAAAUCAUGCCCUAAAGCAGAGAAGAUUGUGGUGGAUUAUGUUAAUAAGCACAUCCCAAAUGCUCCCACUCUUGCAGCUGCCUUGAUUAGGAUGCAUUUCCAUGAUUGCUUUGUGAGGGGAUGUGAUGCAUCAUUGCUAUUGAACUCCACAUCGAGCACCGGAAACCGAACCGAAAAGGUUUCGCCACCAAAUCGAACCGUCAGGGGAUUCGACUUCAUCGACAGGCUGAAAAGCCUGCUGGAAGCCGAAUGCCCUGGCGUCGUUUCUUGCGCGGAUAUCGUUUCUUUAGCUGCAAGAGAUGCCAUUGUUGUCACUGGCGGUCCUUUUUGGAGAGUGCCGACGGGGCGUCGAGAUGGGGUGAUAUCGAAUGCAUCGGAAGCGUUAGCACAAAUUCCAGCCCCAUUCAGUAAUAUUUCUACACUUCAGAACGAUUUUGCUAACAAGGGACUCAAUCUUACCGACCUCGUUGUCUUGUCCGGUGCUCACACCAUCGGCAUUUCUCAUUGCUCCUCAUUCGCGAACCGUCUCUACAAUUUCACGGGCGUAGGAGAUCAAGACCCAUCUCUAGACAGCGAAUACGCGACCAAUCUAAAAGCUAACAAAUGCAAGUCCAUAAAUUCGACAACUAAAGUGGAAAUGGACCCCGGAAGUUUCAGAACAUUCGAUCUCAGUUACUACAAGCUUGUCCUAAAACGAAGGGGCUUGUUCGAAUCCGAUGCAGCACUCACAACCAAUUCGAUAACCAGCUCGAUUAUUAAUCAAAUCGUGAACGGAGAUUCCAAGAUUUUCUUUAAGGAAUUUGCGAACUCUAUGGAGAAAAUGGGAAGGAUUGGAGUUAAGACGGGGUCCGUUGGCGAAAUUCGAAAGCAUUGUGCUCUUGUCAAUUAAUUAAUUCUUCGGUUAUUUAUUUUUUCUCCAAUGUUUGUUUUUAAAUGUGUUUUUUUUUCUUCUUUUUUUUUUUUUUGGUAUGUUUUGAAUACUCCUCGUUUAUGUCUACUUUGUGUUUUUAAUUGGAGUGUUGCAUGUUAUGUUGAACGUCUUUCUUGGUGUCUCUACUUUGUGAAAAGAGAAUGUUUGAAGAAAAUUUAAUGGAUGAAUUAAAAAAGGGAUUAAUUUAAAACGUCUAAA